CCGGUGUUUCGUAACCGUCGCUCCUCCUGGCCGACUCGCGGGCUGCGAGGGCCUGGGUCCGGUCGCGCGGGGGCCGCUGCGGAGUGGAGGCCGCCUAGGGGGGCGGGCGGGCCGGCCGGAGGCGCAGGUACAUGUGAAGAUUUUUUGGCACUGAGUGUGGCCUCUGCUGAUCACACUGCUCUGAUUUCUACCUGUUCUGUGUUGGCAAAGGAACUGCCCAAAUGAGCAAGCUGUCGCAGCCAGCCGCUACUCCCGGAGUGAACGGAAUAAGUGUCAUUCAUACUCAGGCACAUGCCAGUGGCUUACAGCAGGUUCCUCAGCUGGUGCCUGCCGGGCCCGGGGGAGGAGGCAAAGCCGUGCCUCCGAGCAAACAAAGCAAAAAGAGUUCACCCAUGGAUCGAAACAGUGACGAGUAUCGCCAGCGCAGAGAGCGGAACAAUAUGGCGGUGAAAAAGAGCCGGUUAAAAAGCAAGCAGAAAGCUCAAGACACACUGCAAAGAGUGAACCAGCUCAAAGAAGAGAACGAGCGCUUGGAGGCCAAAAUUAAGUUGCUGACAAAGGAGUUGAGUGUACUGAAAGACUUGUUUCUUGAGCACGCGCACAACCUCGCAGACAACGUGCAGCCCAUCAGCACUGAGACUGCCACGACACAUUCUGAUAACACAGGGCAGUAGAUCUUCCAGGGGCCUCGGCCUUGUGGCUCGGACGGGAGAGGAGUGCCCACCCUGCACCGCUGGUUCAGUGGCUGAGCUGGUCCUGUUCCUUUGGAGGUUAUUUUCUAGGCUCAGUACUGAACAGUUGAUUAGCCAUGUAAUUUAUCUGGUCUUCAUGAUGAUGGGUCUUUGAAGCACUAAAAGAAAACUUAGGGUUUAUGGUUAAAAUAAAAUUCCUGGACCUUACUAUUCUUAAAUCCUGACUUCCCCAGAAAUGUUUCUUUCUAGGCAUGGGGAAAUGGAAGGUUAUAAAGAAGCUUUGGGGUUUUAAUGAGACGAUACCUUGGAUUAAGAAAUGCUGAAUUCCAUCUGUUCCUGGAUUUGUGAUUUUAGUCUACAUUGUGUAUUGUAAAUUCUAGGGCUUCAGAAACCAAUCAUUAUAAUUUGACCACAUUUUAUAGCUAGUAUAAACCUGUGUUUGCAUAUUUGACAUUAUUUUUCCCAACAAGUACAGACAAAGCGAAGAAACCCCCAUUCAGGUCAUGUCAAAGAGGGAGCUAAAAAUACAAAUUGCAUUUAGGAAGGAAAGAAGUGGUUUUGGUUUUUUUCUCCCUUGUUUCUUUUAAAGGGCAUAGAGAGAGAGGGAUUGAAACUUUGGGAGCCUUUGCUUUAUUGGAUUAGUAUUGUCAUGUGUCUGCUGUGUUCUGACAGUUUCUGUGGAUGCUAGUAAAAGUUACAUUUGGGGGGGGUGGAACACGACCUUUUUUUUUUUUUUCUUUUUUGGACAGCCAAGUUAGUAAAUAAAAUGCCUUGGCUUGAUGAUACAGACCAUGAUUUAGAAUACUAGUUUAUGCUGGGCAUAAUGGCGCACACCUUUAGUCCCAGCACUUGGGCGGCGGAGGCAGGCAGAUACCUGUGCGUUCAAGGCCAGCCUGGUCUACAGAGUGAGUUCCAGGGCAGGCUCCAAAGCAAUACAGAGAAACCCUGUCUCAAAAACAAAAACAAAAUGAAUACUAAUUCUUUUGGUUUCUCCUGUGUUCAGAAUAACUGCCAAUGGGGGCCAUGAUUUUUAAAGGCAUAGUCUCAUUGUGUGUGCUUGUGCGAAGAGGCACGUUUUGGUAUUUGAUCUCUACUAAAUGGUUAUUAGAAAUAUGUAUCGACUUCAUGCCAUCUCUCAAAAGAAUAGUCAAAGAAAACUUGAAAGUAUAAGGUUUCAAUCUUUAAUUUAUUUCCUAAGCCUGUUUGUUUGUGUUCUUUUUGAGGGAUUUCUUCUCUGGGUUAAUGGGGUGUUCUACUUCACGCCUUGUUGCCUCCAUUUAUCCACUAGUAUGCUUUUAUGUUUGUAUACAUUAUUUACGAGAUAAAAUGCUGAUAAAACUCAGGAUACUGACUUUGUGUUGUGAAGCUGAAAAGCCCAUAGGGUGUCUCUAGGGUCUGCUUUUGUCAUUGUUGUAGUUUAGACUGUCUUAGUAGCUCGUGGUUUUUGCACAGUUCCCAGCUAAAAUUUGUUGCUUCCUGAGAUGGUGGCGAGAACAUGGGUCUUGCAUGGUCACAGUUUGUGCUGCCUGGAGUCUUGUCUGAACAUGGUCACUUUGUGCCGUUUCCUCCUAAGACUUGGCUGCUGUAACCCCAGUAACUCAGGUGCUCCUGAGGGUGACAGAAGAGCCGUGCCCUGCAGCUCAGCAAAGCCUUUUAGGGCCACUGUGCCCACGACAGGAGUGGACACCGUUCUUAGGGAACCAAGAAAUGAGUGGAGUUUUAAAAAGUUAGGGUCCAGCACAAGUUUACCUUGGUUGGAAUAGCCAUCCACUCAUCAAGAUUGGUAGAUGUUUUGUCUAACAAGGAUACACCCAUACAAUCCUAAUUUUUACCAGCUGGUUGAAGUUAGGAACUUAAUGGGAGAUCAAUUAGGUCCUACUUGAAUCCGUAAAUACCUUCAGACAUUGGAAACUCUACUUCCAAACACCAGCUUUCACAAAUGGAUGUUCUCGUGGAAUUUGUGGUUAUCGAUGCAAGGACUUAAACAAGCCGUAGGGAAGGCAGUACUCAAUAUUUCUAGUACAAACCAGUUCCAACUGCCCUUACCUUCGCAAACCAGAUCCUCAGCACCGGCCAGCAGUUCUGCACAGAACACAAAAGUUAGCUGGCCUUUGGACUUUCUCACUGGAGUGGACAUGAGGCUUAGCUUGAUAGAUUUCUCAGUGUACACUUGAGAGAAACUAGGUUUGGGAGUGGGGAAGCUUAGAACUUUGGAAAUUGAAAGUGGGUUUUGUACCUCCCUCCUGGGGACCUUUAGAGUUUGAUCUGCCUUGUAGACAGGUCUGGUAGCUUAGGAGUCAAGCUGUGUCUCCUGGGAUGGGUGCCCUUUGACUAGUUAUGGGUGCAGAGGGAGGGUCAGCUUCCCUUCUGUGCCUAGCCCUCUGUGGCAGGUGACUUUGGAAUCUUAGUAAGGAUGUUACAAAAAUGAGACCCAGGGUUUGAAAUCCAGGUCAUGAGUCCACUCAUUUUUCCCCCCAAUUUAUGCAAGUAGAAACAUGUUCAAUUUGAUAAGAAAGGAAAUGCAGCAGCCUUUGAUGUUUCGUUUCUAACCCCCCCACACACACACUAGAGGGCUGAAGCUUCGUGCCUGAAUCACCCAUGCAGCACCUAGAGUGCUUCUGAUGCCUUAGACAUAGGAACGAUACCUGUGUGUUUGACAGGUUAGGUAAGGUUUCAUAGAGCUAAUCAUCUGCCUCUCAGGAAAAAUACUAACUUGUUCUUUUUGUUCCUGGCUUUCAGUUUGUGAGAUUACUCUAUUUUUUUAAAUAUAAUUUUAUUUCUUUCAACAAAUUUAAAAAUAAACACCUUUGGAACUAUGACUGGUUUUCUUUGUGGGUUUCCUCUAUCUUGGAUGUGGGCAAGAAGUUCACUUGUAAUUGGCCCCAAAGAUCCUGCAGGUACCUCCACCUCUCUCUGUCCUGGGCUGGGGGCUGGGCUGGCAUGGAUCAGCAGGGGGGCUUUUGUCCCAGUUCGGAUUUCCCUGAGUAGACAGUGAAGUGGUUUUCCCUACUGGAAUGCAUCUUCGGUUGUCUGUAGUUGUUUGGUCUGACUUAAACUGCACCCUGGAGUGGGGGACAUGAAAGAGGCUGCUGUCUCCUGGUGGUUCCUGUGGUUGCCAUCUGAAGCCUGUCCCUAGUAUUGCAUACAAUUGAGAGUACCAAUAUUAUCUUGACGGUGCCUGGUUUUGGAAGUGAAUUAGCCCGAGUGCAGGAAACCAGUUCGAGUUGUGUAUUUAAAGGAGAAAAUGAGAUGCUUUCCUCUGGUUUUUAAGUCUUGUGUUUGGGGAACUGAGUUUCAGAUUGUUGCAUGAUCAUGAAAAUUGUGGGGCUUAGUGUGGUGCUGCACACUUGUAAUCCCAGCAUAAUGGAGAUUUUAAAAAAAGCUGGGCGUUGGUGGCGCACACCUUUAAUCCCAGCACUCUGGAGGCAGAGGCAGGUGGAUCUCUGAGUUCAAGGCCUGCCUGGUCUAUUAGAGUGAGUUCUAGGACAGCCAGGGCUACACAGAGAAACCUUGUCUCAAAAAACAAGCAAAAAAACCCCCCAAAAUUAUAGCACGUAAUCAUUUCUAUUGGUGUUCUACAUUGUUUGAAUGAAUUAGCUGUGAAUUUUUGUUUUAAGUUUUAGUGAGAAGUUCUCAAUGUAGCCAAGGCUGUCCAUCACCUUGAUAUGUAGCCAAGUAUGACUUUGAACGUCUGACGUCCUGUCUCUGCCUCUGAAGUGCCGUGAUUACAGGUAUGUACCACUACUUGUAGAAUGUGUGACACGGGCUUGAGACUGGAGCUUUGUAUGCUAGGUGAGUACUCUACCAACCCAGCUAUAAUCUCCCGCUCUAGUUGGAGUUUAUUUCUAGUAACUUGUGUAUUAGAAGUUUUUAUACUUUGUGACGAAACCAGGUCUUAAUAAAAAACACUUUUAGAAUGA